CAAGUGAAGUGUCUGCUCGCUUCUCCAGAAGUGCUCAUUGGCAUCGCUGACACUGACAAUACAACAGGAAGUUAUUGACAGCUUCCUGUUUUAAUGACAAUGUUUUGAUGGCAAUAAGGAAGUUACGGACACUUUUCGUAUGCAAGACGAUACUGAUGACAGACAGGAGUUUAUAAUGAAGAGAAAAAGUAUCAGUGCAGACUUUAGGAAGUAAUCUGCAUUAUCCAUGCUGUGGUCAAUCAAACUUAGUCAGUAAUUCACUUUAAAAACAUAAUAAGUUGAAGUCUGAACGUCAACAGCGAGAUCACACUGGACAAGGAAAUAAUUGAGCUUUGCAUAUUUUUGUUAUUAUUGAAGUUUUAUUUUCAGUCUAGUUUCAGUUGUCUCAGCUGAUGGAGGCCACUGAAGUGCAAAAUCAAGCAAUGAAGGAGACGCAUUAAACAACUUCUAACAGUGUUACAGUAAAAGAUGAAACACGGAAACAAGACAAGAAAUGCAUUCAAAGAAAGCUCAGACUCACCAAAGGACAGAGAUGGGUCAGCUGAUCUAAAAAGCCAAAAAGAAACAGAAAAGGAGAGAAAUGAGACCUUUGACACAUCUGCUAUUAGAGAGCUCCAGCUUUUCACCACUAUCUCUACCUUUUACAGACAGUUUCUCAAGCCAAAUAUACCAACCAUAAUCAAUUCAUUCAUAAUCAAUUCAAUCCAUAAUCCAAACUUUUGUAUGUCAAGGCAGCACAAUGCACCGUUUUUAUCAUCACGUAAAACUGAACAAACUCCAGCUUCCACCUUCAUUAACUCUUCACUCUGUACUCGUCCAAAGUUUGAUCAUUUCCCCCCACAGUCAACCUCAGCAAAACUCAGCAGCACAACUGUGGAACGAGACAGGAAACCUUUACCCUUGUUGUGCCACCGUCUCUGCACCUCACAGGACUCUGCUUGUUCCACGAAUGACAGAAUUGUUUUAAAUCAGCUACAGUUACCAGAGCUAAAGACUCCAGACUCCACCUCCACUACCUUCUCAUCUGUUUCUCCUGUUAGGCAUCUUUACACACACUUGUUUUUUUCUUCUGCUGCAGUUAAAGGCGAACACACGUCAGACUCCACCUCCGCUACUUUUUCAUCCCCUGAUUUUCGUUGCCUUAAAAGGAUUUCCUCACAACCCACCUGGAUGAAACCAGGCAGCAUAAAGAUGCAGCAAUACAGCGCUACUUUACUGCUGUAUCACAGCCUCUCCACCUUACAGGACUCUGCUUUGUGCACUAACGGCAGUAAAAGAUAUGAUUUUUCCACAUGUCCUUCUUGCUCCCAGUCUAAUAUCCCAACUGUUGCUGGUUCAGCUGAAUGCAGCCAAGAAGAAAUACUAGAAGAAGAUACAAGCAGAGUUUCCCUUUCAUGGACAGAAGACAAACCAGGAAAAGCAGAUCCACCUGUCAUAACUGAAGACAUCCUACGUACCACAACUCUGCCAUAUAAUUCUGAUCUCCAGCUCUCCUCCACAGAGUCCUACAGCGUUCCUUCACUGAACAAAAUACGAAAGAACAACUCAACACAAGCAGCAAGCUCACCUGACAUGAAGUUAAAGGAGUUUACACCUGCCAUCACUGCUGAUGACUCUGAUGAUGAAACCUACCUGUUCCAGUGCUCCAGUGCAGGUCUGUACCAGUGCAGUGUGACUGGUCUGGUGUUUGUCAUGAAGGGAGAAGGAGACGUGGUUUACAGGACUGUCCCUUGGUACAGGAGGCUGCUGGCCCAACACCACAAGAAGCCUGCAGGACCCCUGUUUGACAUCAAAUGUCAGCAGCAGUCUGUGUGUCAGCUUCAUCUCCCACACUGUGAGCUCAUCUCCACAGGUGGAGGUCAGUUCUUGCAGGUCGCUCAUGUGCAUGAUGAGCGCGUCGAGUUCAUCCCCCCUCACUAGAUAACAGAAAGUCAUGUUGUUAUAAACA